AUGUGUUGUCCUUUGACAUUUUAUAUUAUGUGUUAUUGUUUGACUUUAUGUUAUGUGUUAAUGGUUGACAUCAUUUUAUUUGUAUUAUGUAGGAUGGAUAGUGAUGAUUCUAAUUCAUCAAAUGAUAAUGAAGAAUGUGUAAUGGAAGAGGAUAGAGAAUUUGAAAUGUUAUGUGGAUUAGCUUUGAAAGGGAUAAUACUCGCUCGUAACUUACGUACACCAUGUCACACUUCAGAUCGCACAGGGCACAUGUUUAUUACAGAAGUACUAAAUGGCCAUCGUAGACGUUGUUAUGAGUUGUUUAGACUUAACGUACCGGUUUUUAGACAGUUAUGCUUAGAUCUUGCUACAAAUUACGGGUUACAACAAAGCCGAAAAGUAUCUAUAGAGGAGUCUGUAGGAAUAUUCUUGAUGACUUUGGCGCAUGGGUGUAGCAAUAGAUUUGUGCAAGAAUUUUUUAAUCAUUCAGGGGAAACGAUUCACAGGCAUUUCCAUACAGUUUUGGAAGCCGUGCUAAAACUGAGUGCCGACAUCAUCAAGCCAGACGCAAACUAUAAUGAUGAUGUUCCCGAAUAUAUAUUAAAUAACCCUCGGUAUUAUCCAAUGUUCAAGGAUUGCAUUGGUGCUAUAGAUGGGACACACGUUAGGGCAUCAGUUCCACAAAAAGAUGAAGUGAAGUACAUUGGUCGAAAAGGAUAUGCAACACAAAAUAUAAUGGCUGUUUGUGAUUUUAACAUGUGCUUUACAUUUGUUUGGGCCGGUUGGGAGGGGACUGCACACGAUACAAGAAUUUUCAAUGAAGCCUUACAGAGACCAGAUCUUAAUUUUCCCUAUCCAACGGGUGGUUAGUAUUUUUUUUUUUUUUUUUUGGAAUACAAGUUUUAUGUUUUUUCUACUUGUUUGAAACGAAUAAUAAAUGUUUGUUUUAUUUACAGAUAAAUAUUACGUUGUUGAUGCUGGAUAUCCAAAUACGAGAGGGUAUCUUGCUCCAUACAAAGGCACAAAUAUUCGUUAUCAUUUACCAGAUUUUCGACGUGGACACACGGCUGCUAUUCGAGAACCUCGUGGACCGAAAGAGAAAUUUAACUAUCUCCAUUCAUCAUUGCGAAAUAUCAUUGAACGAACUUUUGGAGUGUGGAAAGCUAGGUGGGCGUUAUUAAGAGACAUGCAUGUUAAUUACAAGUACAAGAACCAAGUGAAAAUUGUGAUAGCAUCGAUGGCGAUCCAUAACUACAUUCGAAAGGUUGGUAGGUUUGAUGAAGCGUUUAAUAGGGCACAACAAGAAUCCUACAAUCCCGUACGAGGUGAUACCGGUAGUGAUGUUUAUGAAGAAGGUCCAAGUACACGUCGCACGAGCAAUGAUG